CAAAGUGACACAUCUCGAAACAUCCAAAGAUGCUGCUCCUGACGGUAUCACUUUUCUGCACCUUUAUUUGUAUUUAUUGCAUCUACGAUUGCAUGAAGCCGAGAAAUUAUCCACCCGGGCCAAUGUGGAUACCGUUACUCGGAUGUUUACUGAAGUUUUCACGGCUACGUUCGAAAUACGGAUACAUUUAUCUGGCUCUGCAAGACCUGGCGCGUACGUAUGGGCCGAUAUUAGGGUUAAAACUUGGUAAUCAAAAGGUGGUGGUGAUUUCGACGUGCGAUCUGGUGAAGAAAGCUCUUCUUCAAGAUGAAUUCAAUAACCGACCAGACGGAUUUUUCUUCAGAGUACGAUCGUUCGGGAAAAGAAAGGGCGUUCUAUUCUCUGAGGGUUCCACUUGGUCGCAGACUCGUAAAUUUACAAUGCAACAUCUGCGGAUGUUUGGCAUAGGUCAGUCCAUUAUGAAAGAACAGUUGACCCUAGAGGCUCGGAAUCUCGUUGAUCAUCUACAACUGAUUAGCGAGCGUGGCGCGGUGAUGAUGCACAGGGUCUUCGAUGUCGCGGUGCUCAACUCGCUGUGGAUCACGAUCGCCGGGCAUAGAUUCGAGUAUGAGGACCAAAAACUGCAAGAAACGUUAGAAACACUUCACAAUGCCUUUAGAUUAAUAAAUACCAUGGGUGGAGUGAUUUCGCAAAUGCCUUUUCUACGUUUCGUGAUUCCGGAAUUGUCAGGCUACAACGAACUAAUGAGGAUUCUCAAUAAGCUGUGGCGCUUCCUCGACGAGGAGAUCAAGAUACACGAGAGAGAAUUAUCCGACCAACCACGUGAUUUGAUUGACGCGUUUCUUUUGGAGAUUCGUAAAAAUAACAAAAAUGAAAAUACGAUUUUUGAUCGUGAGAAUUUAUUGACACUGUGUCUUGAUCUCCUGGCCGGGUCGAAGACGACCACUGACACCUUAGUGACUACGUUUCUCUUCCUGUCGCUAAAUCCGAAAUGGUUGAGGAUACUUCAGACCGAGUUGGACGGUGUCGUUGGUAGGUCACGAGCUCCAACCGAGGAUGAUUUACCAUCCUUGCCACUAACGGAAGCUUUCUUGGCCGAGGUACAAAGAUAUCUAAUUUUGGCUCCACUCGGCGUACAUGCAACCGCGAAGGACGUUUCUUUAAACGGCUACCAAAUUCCCAAGGACACGAUUAUUCUCUUCAACUUUCAUAGUGUUCACAAUGACGAAGUUUACUGGGAAAAACCGAACGAAUUCCGACCACAACGAUUUCUAGACGAGCAGGGUCGAUUCUGUCGGAGUAACUGCAGCUUACCUUUCGGUUUAGGUAAGAGACGCUGUCUGGGCGAGCAGUUGGCCCGCUCCACAUUAUUCCUGUUUUUAACCUACGUCGUGCAUUACUUCAACGUGGAGAUCUCGACCGAGCACGGUAAGCCGGACCUGGACGGCUAUGACGGUUUCACCUUGUCGCCGAAACCAUGUUACUUCAAGCUCACGAGGAGAUCCAGACGCGGGGACGAUUGUCACGCGACCCGCGCGAGCACAUAACGUAGCUGUACAUUUGGACUUCUGCGAAAGGGCAUGAUUUCGUCGAACUCGUAAUGCUUGCGCGUAAAAGCAAGAUUUUCACAGCGUAGAACCAUAAUAAACCGCCGGACCGCGUCGCACCACGUACGAGAUCGAUCAUUAACGGAAACACAGAUCUUUUUGUCAAACAGCUUGUGCUAUGCGUAAUACGUGACACGUAACGCUCAUAACGCAUAACACAUUAUACAUAAUACGAAAUAGGCCGAUUACAAAUAAUCGCGUGCGGCGCGUUUAAAUUGAACGCGAUAACAUGAAUAUACUUAUAGAAGAGAUACGUAAUUAGAUUUAAAACUUCAGACGAAAAUACUUCCUCGGGCAGAAAUUGUUAUGUUGACCUGUUAUGGGCGUUAUUUUUCAAAUCAAUUUAAAAAAUGUUAAUAUUUUUGUUAAUUAAAGUAAGAAUUAAUCAUCGUUUUGAAAAUUCGUUGUGUCUUGUUUAUUUCUUGCUUACGUCUUUUUAUCGUCGAGCUCUCGAAUUAUAUACCUAUAUAGAAACACGGUU